GAUAGGAAUGUGUUUUCUGUGCGGUCGUCGACGAACGGCAGCUCCGACCUCGAUCCACCGCUCAAGAGCGGACUGCCACCAGCAUGCGACAGGGUGCACGUGUCGCCUUGUGAGGCGAAUCAUCUCAGGCGCACGUAAUCCACGUCCAUACAAAUCAACCCUUGCGGGGACCACCGAUCAUCCCCUACCGACCGAGGCCCGGAGCCUUCAAAAGAGCGCCAUCGUCGUCACCGAGAAGAGGAAAACCCACGGCGAAAUAUGUUGCAGUCGAGUCUUCCUCCCGCUCCCUUGUUCCUGCCGCGUCACUCCUCCUCCUCCUCCCCCGCCACAUGGAGUCCCCGGCAUAACUCUAAGAGGAGAUCCCCCCGUUCCUGCCUCGUUCAAGAGGAGCCGGACCGGGCAGUUGAACCAGAGAGGGAGCCACCGCCUCGGCGAGUGAGCACCCAGCUAAAUCGGUGGUCGCGGGCCCGGUCCAUCCGCUCGGGGCGGCGGAUCGACUGGCCGGCCUUGCGGAAGAAGACCGCGCCCCCACCCUCGCCGGCGCCGCCGCCCUCGUCUCCUCCCUCCGAGGCGGGCGUCCGGCCAGCCGUGGCGGGGGAGGGAACAGAGGGCGAUGGCGAGGACGACGAGAGCGAACUGAUGGAGGGGAAGGCUAUCUACAUGGUGUCGGAUGGCACGGGGUGGACGGCGGAGCACUCCGUCAACGCGGCCCUGGGCCAAUUCGAGCACUGCCUGGUCGACCGCAUCUGCCCCGUCAAUACGCACCUCUUUUCUGGGGUUGAAGAUAUGGAUAGACUGAUGGAGAUUAUAAAGCAAGCUGCCAAAGAAGGUGCUUUGCUCCUUUAUACCCUUGCUGAUCCUGACAUGGCAGAAUAUGCAAAGGAUGCCUGCAAAGUCUGGGGUGUCCCAUCGGCCGAUAUACUUCGACCCAUAACUGAGGCCAUUGCUACCCAUCUUGAUGUUGCUCCUUCUGGGUUACCUCGAGGUGCUGCAGGCAGAAGUGCUCCGCUUAGUGCAGAAUACUUCAAACGUAUUGAGGCUAUAGAUUUCACUAUCAAACAAGAUGAUGGAGCUAAGCCGCAAAACCUUGAUCAUGCCCAUAUUGUCCUUGUCGGUGUUUCGCGCACUGGGAAGACACCCUUGUCCAUAUAUCUAGCUCAAAAGGGAUAUAAGGUGGCAAAUGUGCCGAUAGUUAUGGGUGUGGACUUGCCGAAGACCCUCUUUGAAAUAAAUCAAGAGAAGAUCUUUGGAUUAACAAUCAAUCCAGUUAUUCUGCAGACCAUUAGAAAGGCAAGGGCCAAAAGUCUUGGUUUUGGCAGUGAAACGAGAAGCAAUUAUUCGGAGAUGGACCAUGUGAGGGCGGAGUUGGAGUAUGCCAAUAAAAUCUUCACACAGAACCCGACUUGGCCGGUGAUCGAGGUCACUGGGAAAGCAAUCGAAGAAACUGCAGCUGUUGUAGUCAGAAUGUACCAUGACAGAAGACAAAAAUGUUUGAUGCCACGCAUCUCCAAACGGUACUAGAAUGAGUUUGUAAUUAUCUGUAUAUAUUCCGACAAAUAGCAAAAAGUAAUCCAUGGUUUUUGUAUAUAUAUACACACACACACUAUACUAUACUAUACUUGAAAAUCAUUUAUGCUUUGUUGAUCUCCGUUGAUUCUAGUGCUGAAAUGGAGAUCUGUUACUUGCCACCAUUACUUGAGUUACUACAUUUUCCUUUUGAAGGUUUUAUAAUGAUCGGAUUACAUAUAGGCAUUGGGAGUAUUUAUAAUAUUUUUGUAUUGAUAACUAGUCAAUAUGCAGGUUUGUUGUGCUCUCGGGACACAUGAGAUGAAGUGGACCAUUCGAAUUUGGGCAUGAAUAGAUAAUUCAUAUGACGAGGUUGAAUCUGUGAUUGUAACACCGAUUUUUCUAGGAAUUUUUUUCUUUUUUUAUUGUCCUUUUUUUUUCCAUCGCAUUCAGAUGGAAAGAAAGUCUUUGAUUAAUUCAUCCCUUGUUCUCCUCCAUCUUGUACUUUUUUUUUUUUUAUUUUGGCAUCCUUGUACCAGUUUGUAUGUUUUGUACCAGCUGAAAUUAUAUAGAGGACAGGAAUCUUCCAUCCA